AUGGAUGGAUGCGACGCCACUGCGAAGAUUGCACCGCAAAUCGGAGCUUGGGCGCGGAACACGGAGAACGAAGAAAACCGGACGGAGCUGCUCGGAGCUAUGGGAAAAUCAACAUGGGCUAACAAACGAACCUCUUUCCAGGCCCUUGGUGCGGACCCCAACGCUGUUCGCAUGCAGCGCGUCGUCAACUUCUACGAGAAGCUUCCCCGUGGCCCGGCUCCCGAGGCCAAGGCCACUGGCAUUCUCGGUCGUUACGCCGCUAAGCACUUCAGCGGCAAGAACGCCUCGGCGAAGCCCAUCGUCCACGCCAUUGGCCUUCUUCUCGUCAUCGGCUACGCCCAGAACUACUACUUCCACCUCCGCCACCACAAGAACAAUGCUCACUAA